CUUCGUGUAAACACUAUAUAAGAGUCCCGCGUCACGAGCUGACAGUUCAAAGACAUGACAAUGAACGUGAGAAUCGUCGUCACACUCUUUAUCGCCAGCGUGUUUCAGGGCACCCGAGCCGAAAGCAUCAACGACGCUAUCGCCACCCUAACCCCACAAAUCGUAACCGUGAAGACCAACAUAGACGCCAUUGUCCAAAAUGGCCGCAACCUAAUCAUACAAACACGUCGAACCAUCGGCCAAAACAUCGCCGAAGCUGAAACUACCAUCCAAGAACAACUCGACCAGUUGGACGAUAUUAUAGAACAAGCGGGACGUGAAGCCGAGGAGAAAGGACUUGACGUUUCCAAGUGCAUUUCUGACGUGUCGGUGGCACUUUCAGAUCUCGAUGUUAAGAAAUUUGAGACUUGUGGUGCCCACGAAAACUUACAUUCGAUUGGGAGCGAGUUUGGCAAUUUGAGAAAAAUCAAGGGCGAUUUGUCGCGAUCUGUGGGUCUGUGCAGAUCGACAAACCCUCACGACGUAGACAAUUUCAAAAAUUGUCUACAAACUAAUAUAGACGAAGCUGAAACGAAGAGUGACGGAGUGAAACAAAAAAUCACAAAUGUGUGUACCGACGCUGUUAAAGCCGCCUCCAAGUGUGUCGUUAAAGUCGUAGGAGAGCUAGAUACCACUAUCAGUACCGCAGCUCACGAUUUAAAACAAUGUUUAUUACAAAUUUUGUAACUUAGUGGAAUAAAACUUGUUUGAUUGGA